AGCGGGUAACAUUUCGAGAAAUUCCGCCCAAAUUUUCACUAACAUUUCCACAGACUUCUCACUCUCCCACUUCGACUCUUCUCUCCCUACCCGUACGUGCUAACCUCUCUGUGACUAAUCACCUCUCUCAGUGCUAACCUCUCUGUCCACCUCCCUCUCGCCAGGACUUUCACUCUCUAGUACGUAAUUGGGAUUUGUAUUUCUAAUUAGGGCCAAUUGAAUUGGAGGCGGAGGCUUGAGAUCUUCAAUUAGGGCUUUGGUGUUCUUUGUUGGGUUUGCACUUCAAGCGUAUUUUCAAUUAGGGGUUUUGUUUACCCUAUUUCUAACUUGAAGAACGAGAUUGUGAAUGUAGCAACUCAAACUCUUACGGAGAAGCUUGCUGUUGAGGCUAUGGAGGUUGCUGUGGGGGAGAUUGGAAGUUGCUGACCAGUGAUAUUGAGCUUAACCGAUUAGUUGAUCUAACCGAGGAUGGAAACCAUAUUGAUUUGUACAUUGAUAAUGUCAUUGACACGAGUGUAAAGCCAAUACCAAAAAUGCAGCCGCAUGUGGUCAUGAGGCCAAGACCUAAUCUAGUUGCAGGUACAUUAGCUAAAAAACAACCUAAGCGUCAAUUCACCACGGCUCAUCAACUAUUGCUACAACAACAGCAGAAGAACAAAAAAGCAAAGCUAUUGGGUUCAGAUCAGAAAUGGCCACAAGGUACUAGGAAGUCGCCACGAGUCAAUAAAUUGGUAGAAAGCAAUGAUAAACCUCUGACUUCUAAGCCUAUGACUGCCAAAAGAAAAUUGGAUUUGAGCAAACAACAUGAAGACGAAACAAUGGGAGAAAAUGAGGUUGAGAGUGCAAAGAUAAUCUUACCUCCACCACCACCUCUUACAGAGUAUGAAAGACAAAGGGCUAUAAGAGUCCAGAUGAAUAAUGAAGUUCUUUCCGCUCUAAAAUUACCUACACUAGCAGCAGGAUUAGUAAAAAAGGAUAAAAGACGCAAGAGUAAUGAGAAGGCCCAAGAUGGAAGUGAAAAUUAUGAUCCCGGACAUGAUGCUCUUAGUGAUGGGUCAGUGACUCCACCCAAGGAGAAAAAGAAGACAAACAAUAAAAAGCUUCUAAUGGGACGUAGACCAACAACAGGAUCCAGAGCCACUACAAGAGCCACUUCAGCCGCCAAUCCUGCAAAUCAGGACACAAGCAAAAAGGAAGACACAUGUCCACCUGUACCUGUAAUAUCACCAGAUCCUAUUGCUGACUUACCACAACCAGAUGAUGGCAAAGGUUCAAUGGCUUCUUUUUGGGCUAUGCGGAAACGCCAAAAGGAAGAGGCUGAAAAGGAAAAGGCUAAGAAGGAAAAAGCUCAACAAAUAAUCGAAAAGGAAAUAGCAGCUGCAAGUGCAAGUGCAAGUAAGAAGGUUGUUGAGGAAAAUAUAAUGCCUGAUAUUGAGGAAGACGAUGUGGAAGUUGCAGUUCCUCAAAGAAUGAGAGGAAAAACAAGGAUGGACAAAGUUCAUACUAGAAGCUUCGACAAGAGAAUUGUCAUCGAGAUGAAUGAUGACUUUCAGCCCAUUGCAGAAAAUGACAAAGUUCUAUCAGAAUUAAGUAGCUUCCUUGGAACGCUUGCUAAGCGAUGUGUCCCACUAACUUAUGUCACUUGGCGUCAUGUUCCAAAAAACUUGAGACAGACUAUGUGGAAUUAUGUGAAGGCCCGGUAUGUAAUUCCUGAUGAGUUGGAAAGUUGGGUAAUCGAGACAAUUCAUUCAUCUUGGAAGACUUAUAAAAGUCGAACUAAGGCAGGUCAUUUCACAGCCUAUGAAAAUGAUGAAAUGAGGUUGGAGAAUAGACCAGAUGACAUUCCACUCGAGACUUUUAAAAUGCUCUUGGAUUAUUGGAAUGAUGAGAGUAUUCAGGAGAAAGCAAGGAAAAAUGCAAAUGCCCGUAAACAUUAUGUUGAUACUCACACUCUUGGUCCCAAAAGUUUGGCACAGUAUCGUUAUAAGAUGAAAAAGGUGCCAGGUGAGUGUGAACCAUGUGAUGCAAAGAUUUUUAUUGAUACUCGGAAGCGAGAUGCAAAACGUGAGUACAAGAUCAGUACUGAAAAAAUUGAAAAGAAAAUUGAAACUAUUACCAAAAGACUUAGUACUGGAGAUGCUGCUUCUGAUGAACUUGGUGCAAAACACGGUCUGAAUUGGCUCAAAGGUAGAUGUGUAAAGCCAGCAAAUAUGUCCAAUUCUAAUGCACCAACAGAAACCUAUGUUAAAGACCUUACCACAAAGAUAAAAGAAGGGUUUGCUGCUGAGUUGGAGGAGAAAGUGAAGAAAGUGGAGUCUGAAUUUCAAGAUAAAGUGAAGCAGGUUGAAGCAGGAGUUGAUCAGAAGGUGCAACAAAAUUUGGCAUUUGUCUUCAAAAAACUUGCACAAGCUAACCCGGACAUCAAAAUUGAUAUUCAGGAGUUGUGCACGACUGUUGGAAGUGAUAAUGAUGAUGGUACUCCUAUGACCGGAGGCGUUAGCUUUUAGUAAAACUGCUUUUCAAGUAUAUAAACUUAUAAUGCUACUAUUAAAGUAGUUUGUGAACUAGUAUAUUCUAGACAUGUAAUGGUUUAUUUUAGUCGAACUUUGUUCUUUAGUUGUUGGUAAUCUGUUUGGAUUUUGGA